AUGGCUUGUAUUCUCUCUAAAGACAAGCUAGAGGGAUUUGAGAAGUACAAGUAUAAUUCUAUCGACACAAGUGUGCUAAGUCAAAAUGUUAUGCACCCAUUUUGGGAUUGGUGCGUUCAGUAUUGUCCACACUGGGUUGCACCAAAUUUAUUAACAUUUUCUGGAUUCCUACUGACUGUAUUAAAUUUCCUGCUGUUCUCCUAUUAUGAUUAUGGAUUUUAUGCUUUAACUAAAGACAAUGAUGGAAACGAUAGCAUUCCAAGUUGGGUUUGGGCAAUUUCUGCGAUUAACCUGUUUGUUGCGUACACAUUAGAUGGUAUUGAUGGUAAGCAGGCCAGACGAACGGGAACUAGCGGACCACUCGGAGAACUGUUUGAUCAUGGACUUGACUCUUAUUCUGCCGUGCUCAUACCCACAUGCCUUUAUAGCAUUUUUGGAAGGGACGAGCUGAGUCCGUUACGAUUCUUCUACGUAAUAUGGAACAUAUUUAUAAACUUCUACUUAACCCAUUGGGAGAAGUAUAACACUGGUGUCAUGUUCCUGCCUUGGGGCUACGAUUUCACAAUGAUUGGUUCCUGUAUCCUGCUCUUAGUGACAUCUGUGAUCGGACCUCAAGCAUGGCAUGUCACACUCCCCGGUGGCCUAACACCCGGCAUUGUAUUCGAAGUAACCCUGUAUCUUUCAGCCAUGCUCACCAGUCAGACAGUUAUAAUGUGGAAUAUUUACAAAUCAUACCGCGACAGGACUGGUAAAAUGCGACCGUUUACUGAAGCCAUUCGACCUCUCGUUCCGCUUGGACUGUUCUUUGCGCUCAGCUCGAUAUGGGCUGUGUAUUCGCCUUCAGACAUCAUCAAUAGAGGACCUAGGCUAUUCUAUGUUCUAACUGGGACUGUUUUUUCCAAUAUAAACUGCCGUCUAAUUGUAUCACAAAUGAGUGAUACCCGCUGCGAGUUGUUUAACAGCCUUCUUUUGCCGUACGCGCUGGUUGUAGCCGUGGUGUUUUACUGCCAUGUGUCUCCUAUGGUGGAACUGAUUCUGUUGACUGCGCUUUGCAUAGGGUGUUCAUGGGCACAUAUACACUACGGCACUAAAGUGGUGCGAGAAAUGUGUGACCACUUCAAAAUCUCAUGUUUCCAAAUAAAGCCAAAGAUAAAAUGA